AUGGCUUCAGCAAUGACGAUUCCACGCAAGCGUCGGCUCCAUCUUCCGUCGACCCUGGCGCUCAGCGCACGCGAACACCGUCUUGUGAUUCCAAAUCGGCACAAUUUCUCGGGGAGAAUGGGCAAUCAAUCCUUGUACCCACCGACGUCAUACAUCGCUCUCCUCGCGAGGCGAGCGAAGGGAAUUGACUCGAUUAUGAGGGUAUCCCGUCAAUCAUUCGUGACAGCGGCGUGUUGCGCCCGUGGAGUUAUACAUGGACCUGCGCGCGUACAUGAUUCUGGAAAACCCAGAAUAUGGAAUUGA